CUUCCAUAGAAAAAAAAUGGCAGCAGAGAAGAAAGAGAAGGCAGGAAGCUUCUUCCCCACAUAAAACCAGCAGGGAAAGGAUUCAAAAAUCAAUCCCAUAAAAAGGGUAGGAAUGUGAUCUUUUACCCACUUUCCCGGUCUGUCUUUGUCAAAUACACAACGAAUCUUUCGGUCAGAACGUGGCUUCUCUGGGUUCUGACUCUUAACAAUAAAAGUGGAAGACGGGUUGAGUAGAUCAGAAGACCACCUUUCUUGCUUACGUAUAGUUGGUCCAAACCUGUCCAUGUCUGCUGGUGUUACUAUAUUUUAGAGAGCUUGAUGACAAGAAACUGGCCGUUAAUCGCUACCCAGGUGGCCCUCCACAUGGGAGGCAAAGGACACCCGCUGGUGUAGGACCCCAUCCUUCAUUGCUGUUAUAAUGUCAGUGAUUGUGCAUUGCUGGGAGUAUUUUCGGGCUCCCAUUAAAAAAAUUUGGAGGAAAUGACAAAAACUGCAGUGGUUUCGAUGUGGACAGACAUGGGCUGGCUGAGAAGGUGGACUAGGAAGGUGAUGAAGAUGCACAGGCAGAAAAAAACCAUAAAAUAUGAAGCUGAGCGUGAGUGCUGCACGUUGGUAGGUUUCGUUUGUGAUGCAAGAGAAGCGGUUUGUUUGAAGCGAUUCUUGGUCUGGUUGUUGGGAUCUUCGAUGUUGGUUUUGCUUGUUUAGCUGAAAGAAAAAAUGAGGCACAUGAAUUGAUUGAUGAGAGAAAGUGCUUUCGGUUUAGACCUGGUUUCGGAUUUGCAAGUGUUCGGUGUGAGAAGCAACGACCUAGGAAAUGGCAGAGGGAAGAUCACUUGCCGAGACGCCGACGUGGUCCGUUGCUACUGUCACCACUGUAAUGGUUGCUGUCUGUUUCAUCGUUGAACGAUCAAUCUAUCGUUUUGGAAAGUGGUUGAAGAAGACAAAGAGGAAGGCGCUCUUGGCCUCUUUGGAUAAGAUCAAGGAAGAGCUUAUGCUGCUGGGACUUAUAUCACUGAUGUUGGGACAAUGGGCAAGGUGGAUCUCCGAAAUAUGUGUGAAGUCGUCUCUUUUCAGCAGUCGGUUCUAUCCGUGUACGAGGGAUGACACUGAGAGGCUAACUAUUCUCACUUAUAUCAAUCAAACAGCUAUGCCGUUGGAGAAGUUCAGUGUGUCUUCUAAUCACUGUUCCGAGGGCCAUGAGCCAUUUGUUUCGUAUGAAAGUCUAGAGCAGCUUCACCGUUUCCUGUUCCUUCUUGGAGUCACUCAUGUACUCUACAGCUGCUUUACAGUUGUCCUGGCUAUGAUUAAGAUUUAUAGCUGGAGGGCGUGGGAAGCACAAGCAAAUGCGGUAAUCAGUGAGAGUUUGCAUGGGAAAAGAAAGAAAGAAAUCAAACGGCAGUCAACUUUUGUUUUUCAUCAUGCAUCACACCCAUGGAGCAAGAACAAGAUUCUUAUUUGGAUGCUUUGUUUCUUUCGCCAAUUUAAAGACUCUGUACAAAGGUCAGAUUAUAUGGCACUUCGUUUGGGGUUUCUCACUAAUCAUAGGCUACCUCUAUCAUAUAAUUUCCACAAAUAUAUGGUCCGCAGCAUGGAGGAUGAGUUCCAGGGCAUUGUUGGAAUAAGCUGGCCACUGUGGAUUUAUGCAAUUGUUUGUAUUUUCAUCAAUAUUCAUGGAUUAAAUGUGUACUUUUGGCUCUCGUUUGUACCUGCACUUUUGAUUCUGUUGGUUGGAACAAAAUUGCAACACGUUGUUGCGAAAUUGGCACUUGAAGUUGUGGAAACAACUGGCCCAUUAACUGGUACCCAACUAAAGCCAAGGGAUGAGCUUUUCUGGUUUGGAAAACCAGAACUAUUGCUAUGGCUGAUACAGUUCAUCUCUUUUCAGAAUGCUUUUGAAAUGGCAACGUUUCUGUGGUCAGUGUGGGAUAUAAAGACACAAUCAUGCUUCAUGAACAACCAUGUUUUUAUUGUAAUUCGCUUGGUUUCUGGGAUAGUGGCUCAGUUUUGGUGCAGCUAUGUCACACUACCACUCAAUGUGAUUAUCUCACAGAUGGGGUCGAAGUUUAAGAAGUCAUUAGUUUCUGAGAAUGUCAGGGAAUCUCUUCAUGGUUGGUGCAAAAGAGUGAAGCACAGAUCUAGACAUAAGCACUCGUCAUAUCUUCCAGCUACUAGAUCAACUUGCUCGCUGGCAUCUACACUCGAUGAAGGAGAUGAUGAGACUAUUACAGUUCUUUCAGGCACACUAUCUCGGUGUGCAACUACUACUACCCUGCGCUCCCUUUCAUUCAAUCAUGUGAGGGAUGAUGAGACAAUUACAGUUUCUGGCACAAUAUCUCGCUGCCCAUCUACUGCUUCACAGCGCUCUUUCUCGUUGAAUCAUGUCUCCAUAAAUUGUGAAGAAAUCUAUGCUGAUGACAUCAUUCAGCAACAGGAAAUCUAUGCUGAUGAUAUCAUUCAUCAACAGGAACGUGGUACAGUGUUUCCAACUUCUGGUUAUUUAUCAGAUUCCUCUGGUAAUGCACCGGUAGUUGCUUCACAUGAAUCGGAUGUAGACAAUGCAAAAAUAGAUGAUAACUAUGAUGGUAAUAGAGAGCAGCAUUGAGAUUGAAUACUCCAAUUUGGGACUACGUCCGCCCAAUAGAAAAAGGUUGUUUUACAUCACUAUUGUAUCAUAUGUUCAUGGAAAGAAGAAUGAAAAGGGGAAAAGGAAAAAAGCUUUGUAUAUGGAAACAGUAAAGAUUAUCUUUGAACAGAAAAGAACUGAAUUACUUGAUCU